GGGGACACCAUGCCGCCGCCCGGCCUCUUGGGCGCUGGACUGUGCCUCAGCCGGGCCAUGAGCCGGUGCGUUCUGGAACCCCGACCGCCGGGGAAGCGGUGGCUGGUGGCUGGCCUGGGGAACGCCGGACUGCCCGGCACACGGCACAGCGUGGGCAUGGCAGUGCUGGGGCAGCUGGCCCGCCGGCUAGGUGUGGCGGAAAGCUGGGCGCGCGACCGACGCUGCGCCGCCGACCUCGCCCUGGCUUCGCUGGGGGAUGCCCAGCUGGUCCUGCUCCGGCCGCGGCGCCUCAUGAACGCCAACGGGCGCAGCGUGGCCCGGGCCGCCGAGCUGUUUGGGCUGACUGCUGAGGAGGUCUACCUGGUGCACGACGAACUUGACAAGCCCCUGGGGAAACUGGCUUUGAAGCUGGGAGGAAGCGCCAGGGGCCACAACGGAGUCCGCUCCUGCAUCAGCUGCCUCAACUCCAGCGUGAGUGUGCCCCUCUGUCCCGCAGUGGUUGGCAUGGGCCAGCAAGGGGCCCCAGCACCCCUCACCCAAUCUCCCGGGGCCCCUCUGGCUCUCCCACAGGCAAUGCCCAGGCUUCGGGUGGGCAUCGGGCGCCCGACACAUCCCGAGGCGGUGCAGGCGCAUGUGCUGGGCUGCUUCUCUCCCGCCGAGCAGGAGCUGCUGCCGCCGCUGCUCGAGCGGGCCACGGACCUGCUCCUGGACCACAUCAGGGCGCGAAGCCAGAGUCCCGCGUCGGGCCCCUGACGCCGCCCCCGACCGCCCCGCCCACUCGCCCAACCGGGUCUCCACAUCCACGCAGGCGCCGCGCUAACCUGUGGUAUCUACUUUUUAUGUAACUCUACCUCCAGGCCGCCCUGGCUGCCCACAGGUUAAAGGGGGCCUGUGGCCAGAAAUGGCCCAUUUCCAGCAUAGGGGCUGGUCUUUCUGUGUCCUACUUAGAAAAUAGGGAAAUCUGAGGAAGACUAAACUUCUUGAAUUU